GCCGCGCUGCGCCGCAGCACCGAGUCCGAGGUGUACGACGACGGCACCAACACCUUCUUCUGGAGAGCUCACACAUUAACAGUCCUGUUUAGCCUUACUUGUGCACUGGGAUAUGUAACCUUGUUGGAAGAAACCCCACAAGAUACUGCCUACAAUACUAAAAGAGGUAUUGUUGCCAGUAUAUUGGUUUUCCUGUGUUUUGGAGUCACUCAAGCUAAAGAUGGACCAUUUUCAAGACCUCAUCCAGCUUACUGGAGGUUUUGGCUCUGUGUCAGCGUUGUGUAUGAGCUGUUCCUCAUCUUUAUACUCUUUCAGACUGUACAUGAUGGCAGACAGUUUAUGAAAUACAUCGAUCCAAAUUUAGGCAUUCCUUUGCCAGAAAGAGACUAUGGUGGUAACUGCCUUAUUUACGAUCCAGGCAAUGAAACUGAUCCAUAUCACAACAUCUGGGACAAACUGGAUGGAUUUGUUCCUGCUCACUUCCUUGGCUGGUACCUAAAAACACUAAUGAUUCGGGACUGGUGGAUGUGCAUGAUUAUCAGUGUAAUGUUCGAAUUUCUGGAGUACAGCCUGGAGCAUCAGCUUCCAAACUUCAGCGAAUGUUGGUGGGAUCAUUGGAUAAUGGAUGUGAUCAUAUGCAAUGGCUUAGGAAUUUAUUGUGGAAUGAAGACUUUGUCAUGGCUUUCUUUGAAGACAUAUAAAUGGCAAGGACUUUGGAACAUUCCUACAUACAAAGGUAAAAUGAAGAGAAUUGUCUUCCAGUUCACUCCAUAUAGCUGGGUCAAAUUUGAGUGGAAGCCAGCAUCAAGCCUGCGCAGAUGGCUAGCAGUUUGUGGCAUCAUUUUCAUAUUUUUAUUGGCAGAGCUGAACACAUUUUACUUGAAGUUUGUCCUGUGGAUGCCACCAGAGCACUACUUGGUCCUGUUGCGACUUGUCUUCUUUGUCAAUGUGGGAGGUGUAGCCAUGAGGGAGAUCUACGAUUUCAUGGACGACCCGAAGUUCUACAAGAAGCUGGGUCAGCAGGCAUGGUUGGUUGCUGCUAUCACAGCCACAGAGUUUCUGAUAGUUGUAAAAUAUGACCCCUACACCCUCACACUGUCACUUCCCUUCUACAUUACUCAGUGCUGGAUCCUUGGAAUCAUACUUGUGCUCACAUGGACGAUGUGGCGCUUUUUCAUUCGUGACAUCACCAUGAGGUAUAAGGAGAUAAGACGACAAAAGCAAGAACACAGACAUGAAAAGGACAGAUGCUUAAGCAACGGUGAUAGACGUUCUCCAAUACUGGAUGAACAGAGUGGGAACGAACUGAGAGAAGGAAAACUUUGAACUUGAGCAGCAGGCAAGAGGUAGAAGCUACCUGUCAUGCUCAAGUUGACCUGUUUUGACGCUUUCAGUCUUGUCUUAGUUUGUAACUUUCAUUGUUUUCCAACAUGUGACAACCCUCUUGGAGAAGAUGCCGCCUUGACCCCCUGAUCUUAUGUCUAGUCAGUUGAAGAAAAUCUGCAGUAGACAGACAUUGGAACCAACCCUGUUGCAACAAGAAGGGAUCUUUGGUCAAAUGUGUUUUAAGUAUAUAUCUGUCUCUCUUGGAAAACCAAGAAUCUUGGUGUGGGUGGCUUUUAAACCAAGGGCAAAGGGAAUCCUGUGACCCUGUUUUUGGUAAACCAUGAUAUUUCCGUUUUAACAAUGUUCGGAGCAUUAGGAGCAUUCAUCCUAUGGAAUGCUUAUACAGGUAAAUAAGUUGCAUUUCUGCUGAAACUUUUGAUCUGUGGAGUAAAAACUAUGUAAUGUUAGUUUCAUUUGUUAGUUAGCAGGACUUCAGAGACUGAACUUACCGGAAAGCGUGAGAACAAGUUGCAUAACUUGCACAGAAUAUGAUACAGUCCACUACUGUUACAGCUCCCACAGUGCUGAGUUGGCUCUCUUUCUCAAAGCCGGCUUAUAUUACUGUGGGCCAACUGAUGACUGAUUUCUAUUACCUCCCAACUCUGAUUAUACAGAAAACUGCUACUCUUAGAUCUUUUUUUAUCCUGGUCAUCUCUCAGCACAGCUUCCUUCUUUAAACUUUAGUUAACCUGCUUUUCAUUAACCUGAUGGAGUAAAAACAAGCUGAAAACUGGUAGUUACUUUCCCUCAAGGUAUUCAGUUAUUUUAUUUGCCUUAUUCUUAAACAUGACUUUUCUUCACUUGCUGUGCAAGGCAGGUUAAGUUCUAAACUGUUUCAUUCCUUCCCAAGUAAGCUUCAAACUUACAGCAGCCCUAAGCAAACUGGAAAAGAUCUGCCUUUGCACAAUAAGCUUGGUAACAUUUAGGUUCCCUGAGUGGGCCUGACUUGAUCACUGAUGCUCUGUCACUUUGUCAUGUAUCAUGAGAGAACCUCAUACCUGGUUAUCUGGCAUUCUUGCCAAUUACUAAGCAUCUUGGAACAAAAUGGGACACCUGUGGUUCAUUUGCAGGGUUAUUCUUCCCAAACAUAGUUGUAACCCGUUACCCUAAUAUCAGUGGUUCCUAAGAUAAGGAUUGUGAGUAUAGAUAAGGUAAGUGCCACUAGCCAGCCCUACAGUUCUUGUUAUAGCAGUCAGGCUCAGAUUAGAAGUGGGGUCACAGCUGAAGAAGAUUGAGAGCGGCUGCUCUAGAUAAUCCAGCUGGCCUCUAACAUAACUGACUUUACUUGAACCAUAUAACAGACUAACUUGACUUGAAAGACAGAGACACAUUUUUCCUGAAAUACAUCAAAUUAAUCUGGCUCUUAAACACCACUUGAGGCAUUACUUUUCCAGAGUAGUGUUCUGUCCAGCAAAACAUAAAUAUGGAACCAAUAAAAGCUGAAGAUUGAAAGAACUGUAGCCUGACUUUCAAAAGUAGCAGGAGACUCAUGCCAAAGCUGCUGCCUGCAGCAAACCUGCACACAAAUCUGAGUCAUUUUGGUCUCAUACUUGAAUAGCACACUGUCCAAACUUCUCCCAUGUUUACAGAGCAGUGAAAUAUUUUCUAAUCCAAAACAAUGGGUCCUGGCAAACAUGAUGUGAUUUAACUUAAAAUUUUAAUGUAGGAAUACAUUGAAUGUGCUCAACAAAUGAAGCAAGGGUUCAGAGCCAAGGAGGCAGAAAUGAUGGAGGCUGUCUUUCCUGCUGACCAGUAGAGGCAGAGGAGGUUGAUCUGUAUGAAAGGUCACACAAGGCUUCUUCCUUGAGUGUGCAGACUGCACUAUUUAUAGUCCUCGAAUGGCUGCUGUUAAAACCUUAGGAUUUAUCUGCUGUAAUUUAAUGGAGAAAGUUAUGACUGUAUAACUAGAUGUUAACGAAUUCUUAAGAAAUGGGCAGAUGCUGAGUUGAGCUGGUCACUUGUUUCAUAGCCCUUUUCUACCCUUGAGUAAUUUUUAAACUUGUUCAGAUUUAUUUAUACCAGUCUUAUGAACUCUUGACUGACUGUUUUAGAGGUGGUACUUAGUGUACGUGUCUUUGUGAGGUCCCAACUGAGCCAGGAUCACGUAAAUACAUUUCCAUUUAUGAGUUGUUCGAGUUGACCAAUCCGUCUUCUUCUUUUUUUAUUAUUUUACUUGCGGGAGGGGAGAGCUAAAAAUGUCCACAUCUGUUUCAUAAUUCUGAUGAUAAAAGUAGAAUUCCACCUCUUCCUCCUCCCUGAGGACUCAUUUGUGUAAAUUUGAGGUGUUUGUGGAAAAUACCAAUUUUCUAAUAAUUCUGAAACUGACCUACUGUACAAAGCACUAAUUUGUGUCCAUCUACAUCCAUUUAAACAAGAGUUUACCGUUAACCUGAAUAACUGAACAAAUGUAAUAAAACAACAAAUGUUUGCUGGUGUGUUCUUUGGUACAA